CGCUGCGCGCUUGGCCACGGCGCUGCGCAGCAGGUCACAUCUGCCGGCUGCCUGGCACGGCUGGCACUGUGCAGAGCCGCGGGAUGGGGCAUGGCCCGACAGUGGGGGGAGGCCCUUGGAGGAGAACUGGGUUGACCGCGGCGCUGGCUGGGCUCGCGGGGCUGACCGCCGCCGCCUUCGGACACAUGGAGCGGGCGGAGAUGGUGCCCAAGAGCGCAGGGGCGUGGAGCUCCCAGCUGGGGAGGUCCGAGGAGCAGGACGAGCUGGCCCGCCGUUGCAGCUGCUUCAUGGCCCCUCCUGUGACCGACCUGCGUGAACUGCGGGGUAGACAAGACGACAUGAAGACCAAGAUGGAGCUGUUGAUCAUGGAGACCCAGGCCCAGGUGUGUCAGGCGCUGGCACAGGUAGACGGAAGCGCCAGUUUUUCCGUGGACCGGUGGGAGAGGAAGGAAGGAGGUGGUGGUAUAAGCUGUGUGCUUCAAGACGGGCGUGUUUUUGAAAAGGCUGGAGUAAGUGUUUCUGUUGUUCAUGGAAAUCUUUCUGAGGAAGCAUCAAGACAGAUGAGAAGCAGAGGCAAGAUCCUGAAGACUAAAGAUGGUAAAUUGCCAUUUUGUGCUAUGGGCGUGAGCUCUGUUAUCCAUCCCAAGAAUCCGCAUGCGCCUACUAUCCAUUUCAACUACAGAUACUUUGAAGUAGAAGAAGCAGAUGGUAACAAGCAGUGGUGGUUUGGUGGCGGAUGUGAUCUUACUCCAACAUACUUGAACCAAGACGACGCAGUCCAUUUUCACAGAACUCUAAAGGACGCUUGUGACCAGCAUGGUCCAGAUCUCUACCCCAAAUUUAAAAAAUGGUGUGAUGAUUACUUUUUUAUCGUCCAUCGUGGAGAACGGAGGGGCAUCGGUGGGAUCUUUUUUGAUGAUCUUGACUCUCCAUCCAAGGAAGAGGUGUUUCGCUUUGUUCAGAGCUGUGCCCAGGCUGUAGUUCCUUCAUAUAUUCCCCUUGUGAAAAAGCACUGUGAUGACUCAUUCACUCCCCAGGAAAAGCUGUGGCAGCAACUCAGGAGAGGCCGAUAUGUGGAGUUUAAUCUGCUGUAUGAUCGAGGCACAAAAUUUGGCCUCUUCACUCCAGGAUCCAGGAUUGAAAGCAUCUUGAUGUCUUUACCUCUCACUGCCCGAUGGGAGUACAUGCAUUCACCCUCAAAGAAUUCCAAAGAAGCUGAAAUUCUGGAAGUUCUGCGCCAUCCAAGGGAUUGGGUACAUUGA